AGAAGCUGGCUUGGGGAAAUCAACCCCUCCAUUAUUGCCAAUUGCAGUCACUGGUUUGGAUGACACAGUAGGCUGUGGUUAACCAAAAGGGGUAGUGGAGACCUGCAAAUUCCUUCUCGGUUGUGCCAGAGGGAUACUUGAGCCAGUAGCUCACUUGAGCCCAAGCAAAAUGGGGCUUGGGCCAUCCUGCCCCUCUUCUCCUGGCUUAUAUCUUGCUUUCAGAGAACCUCAGCUCACCAUUAUGUGCAAAAUGUGGGUUGUGGGUUACAGCAAACGAUGGUUUGUUGCUAAAGAAGCCAACUUGUGAGCUUAAUUAUUGUUCAUCGUAAUUUACAAUUCCCCCUUCAUAUAUAAUGCUAAGCCAAAAUCUUUUCUGAAAGCAAACUUUAACGGAGCAGAGAUCACCUGGCCAUGGGAGUAGGAUGGAGUUAUGAGCGCCAGGUUUUAUUUGGCCUCAUGGAAGCCAGAUGAAUGAAUGCCAUCCUGGCAUUAACCAUUUCCAGCCUCAUUGACAUGGCAAGAACAAAUCCUCAGUGGCACAACAUAUUACAGAGGGAUAAUAAAUUUUGGAAAUGGUUGAUACAUCCACACACACAGGAGCAGCAGGCCCACAGUGUAAAAGUACUGUUUGCUCGCUAGAAAAAAGGCUAAACGUUCCAUGGUAGCAGCUGGGAUGUAGGGACAGCUUGGCCGUUCCAUAGCAAGACAUAGCUCCAAAAUGGGAUUGCCAUUCACCAAUAGAAUGUAACAGAGGGCAUGACUUCAUAAAAUAGUGCAUAGCGCUCAUCUCGUUGAUCUGGGCCAGAAGAGGAGAGCAAUGUGGCUGUCGGGGCAGUGGGUGACUCGGCCCAAGCAGUUUGGGGUCUUAGACCAAGACAGCGAGGUCAGCUGUGCCCAGUUGCUCAUGAGCUUCUGUGGUGACAAUACCUUUCUCUGUCCUGGGUAAAGCUGCACAGAGUGGUGCUCUGGUACUUGCAAUGUCAUGUACAUCUUGGAGGCUGAAAUGCAGGUUGGUGGCUUCUGCUAGUCCAGAGCAUAAGUGAGGGCUCAGUUUAGAUUGGAGGCUCCCCACCCACAUCCUUCCUCUUCCCUGAAGAAAGGCAGAAAAAGCAUAACUGCACCUUGCUUUAAGCCUGUAUGCAACCAGCUCUGAUAUUUCCCUAAUAGUGAGCGAGGCUGCUGAGCGUCAACAAAUGUGAAACAACCUAGAAAGCUUAAAAAGAAGCUGUUAAAAUACUUAAAGCAGAUUUAUUGUUGUAUAAAUUAGAGUCCCACUUCUAAGAUGCGCCUUUGUAAGCAGCGAUACACAGUGGGGAGAACUGUACGCAGCUGGUCAGAAAUGCUAGGAACUCUGAGCUGCAAAUCCUGAGUUUGUUGCUGUAAAAACUCUGUUGCCAGUUGGAGAGGGAGAGCACGGUGUGAGCGACGCCCCAAAACCAAGGCACGCGCAGCUUCCAUCCAACCCAUCAGAAACUGUAGGAGCCCUGAAUCUGCUCAUUUCUUUGCCAAACUAAAAAAAUUGAUACAAAACGGCUCUUUAAUCAUGGAUAGCGCUGGGGCACAAUUCCCUCCACCCUGGCCACCGGCUCUUCUGGCUGGAGCCAAGAUGAGCUGGACUCCACCGGGGAGCCCGGAAGCUUCCUUCUCAAGGCAGGAUGAUCCACAGUUGGUGGGGUACGGGAAUCGAGGCACUCUCCCUGCCUCGACUCGUCUGCGAGGCGGGGGCUGCAGGUCCCCUCUCCGCCACGGCGCUCUUUCGGCGCUAAACCGCCCGAGCGGCUCGGAAGCGAAGUUGCUGCUCCCUCCGCCUGCCCCUCCCUCGAACAUUUUCCUCUUCCCCUUCCGGAGCGCGGCGCGCCAGCAGCCGACGAAACCAUGCCGCUGGACCAUCGCCGGGUGCCGGGACCGGAGGAGUCCCAGACGCCGCUGCUCUUCGCGCCCGUCGAGUCGUCGGAGGUUCCGACCCGCGACUCGUCAGCGCUGCAGCCGCUUUUCGCCCGCGCGGGUCUGCUGAGCCAGGCCAAGGGCUCGGCCUACGUGGAGCUCCACGGCGGCACCAAAGUGCUGUGCUCCGUGGCCGGGCCGCGCGAAGCCGGCGGUGGGGCGGGCGCGGCUGCUCCGGGCGAACCCCGCGGGCGGCUGGUGUGCGAGUUCCGACGGGCGCCCUUCUCGGGGCGCGGGGCACGCAUCCGCCCCAACGAGCGGGAGCCCGAGCUGGCGCUGGCGCUGCAGGAGGCACUGGAGCCGGCCGUGCGCCUGGCGCGCUACCCGCGGGCGCAGCUGGAGGUGAGCGCGUUGCUGCUGCAGGACGGCGGCUCGGCGCUGGCGGCCGCGCUGUGCGCCGCGGGCCUGGCCCUGGCCGACGCCGGCGUGGAGCUCUAUGACCUGGUGGCGGCGUGCGCGCUGUGCCGGGCCCCGGGCCCGGCGGGCGGAGAGUGGCGCCUGCAGCCCAGCGAGCCCGAGGAGCGCGCCGCCGACGCCCGCCUCACCGUGGCGCUCCUGCCCUCGCUCAACCAGGUCUCCGGGCUGCUAGGCAGCGGCGAGGGAGGGCCCCCCGACAGCUGGGCGCACGCCGUGCGCCUCGGCCUCGACGGAUGCCAGCGCCUCUACCCCCUGCUUCGACAGAGCCUCCUGCGCGCUGCCAAGCGCCGACCCGCGCCGGGCACCCAAGCGCCGACCGACACAGACGCGGCCCAGCCUCCCGCCGCCACCGCCUGAAAUCCGGGAGCUUGUCGGGCUGCGUCUCUCUGGACUUCGGCUGCGUCGUGGUUUUGGAUCCGGGAUCUGAACGUGGUUUACCCGACCUGAGUGAAGUUGCCUGGCCUCCUGGCGAGGAACCGCAACCACGGAGGGCCCAGUCGCGAUCCAGGGAAGGCGAGCCGACCCCUUUUUCCCUGGAGGGCAGGCCACAUCCACAAGAGACCAUCUCUGCAGCUCCGCGCUCUUUGCGAGGGAAACUUUGACGGAGAGGGAGAGACACUUCCGAAAGUCUACCGCACCACCGUCCGGCAUAGAAAGCUAGCUUAUUAAACGUGCCGGGAAUUAUUGCUCUGUGUAGUUUUCACCCAGUUCCUGGGAUUUGGGAGAAAAAAAUGUGCUUUAAAUGUUGUGAAUAUAUGAUAUGUGGGUGCAUGUCCACAGUCUGAGUCUCAGGAAAAACAAAAAGGGUUAUUUGCUGCUGGUUGAAUCCAAAGUUCUACCGUGGUCUGAGUUUUCAAAUUGCUAUCAGUUUGGGAUAGUCCAGUUCAUUAGUCCUGUGUUGUUGGCGGCUAUGUUUGCUUUCAAAAUUCCAAAGUUUAAAAAUACUACACUUUGAAAAUGUCAAGGAACAAAAUGGGUUAAUCCACACAUCCUGCUUCUUCACCUCCUUUCUUGGAAAGUUACCCUCAUUUCAAAGGAAUUUUCCUUCCAAAUCAGUGUGCUUUGCAUUGCGGCAAUUGUCAAUAAGGCAACCUCAUUCUCUGCAUUCCUCCCCACUUCACUGAAACUCCUUGCUUUAAAACAGAAACAAAAAAUUAAAAAUCAGCGUUUUCUUAGGAAAUACAGCAAGUUGUUUUUUUUUGUAUUGGCUAAAUGUUUGUUGCUGAAAUUACUCCAGUGUUUUUCAACUUUUGUGUCCUCAGAUAUUAUUGGGACUACAAGUCCCAUCAUCUCAUCUGCUAAUCUUCAUUAUGUAAAAUCUCCUUCUGCAGACCGGUGGCAUAAUAAAUUGUGUGUGACCUCCCUUGUUAAAAGGUCAGCCAAAAGAUUGAAAUGGUUUCUUCCUGCAGGGGUGAUGGAAGUGAGCCAGUAACUGGUAAUGGGGUCAAGGCAGAUGGAGUGUGAUUAGCUAAUUUGGCAACAAGUUGCAGUGGCCACUUCCAGCACAUGGACUCAUUAAUACUUGGGUCAGAUUUACUAGCACCUACUAGCAUCUUGUGAUAUGCAAGGCUUGAGAACCUGUUCUUCAUGGAGAAAAGUUUAUACUUGUAAUAAAGUCUCUUUUUAUAAUUAAAACACACUAUUUUGCAUAACUUAAGGCUUUUUUUGUUUUCAUGUCUUCUCCUUCUUACUCUCACUGUGGAAUUGAUGCAGUUGUCUUCAACAGUUUCAAGUUCAGUAACCCACUUUUAAGCCAAACACAUUUGAGAGCCCAUGUUUUGUUUUCUUGCCAUGUAUUUGCACGGUGGCAACGCUGCUGCUCCUUCUCGGAGUGCUCCUCUCAAGAGUGCUGGAGGAGACUCUUGAGAGUCCCAUGGACUGCAAGAAGAUCAAACCUCUCCAUUCUUAAGGAAAUCAGCCCUGAGUGCUCCCUGGAAGGACAGAUCGUGAAGCUGAGGCUCCAAUACUUUGGCCACCUCAUGAGAAGAGAAGAAUCCUUGGAAAAGACCGUGAUGUUGAGAAAGAUUGAGGGCACUAGGAGAAGGGGACGACAGAGGACAAGAUGGUUGGACAGUGUUCUCGAAGCUACGAACAUGAGUUUGACCAAACUGCGGGAGGCAGUGCAAGACAGGAGUGCCUGGCGUGCUAUGGUCCAUGGGGUCACGAAGAGUCGGACACGACUGAACGACUAAACAACGCUGCUGCUGUGAUCAGGUUUAGAUCAGACCGUAACUCAGCAUUGGGUCCCAGGCCACCAGUUGAAGUCUACUACUGUAGUGUGUGUGUGUAUGGACUCCAGAAUUUACCAGAGUGUCAACGAAUGGAGUAAACAGGGAAAAGGAAGCGUGAAAAUGAGCUACUCUGUAAAAUCUGGAAUAGCACAAAAGGUGCCCACAAAACUAGAUUAGGGUUCAGGUUAGCAUAGCCAGAAAUAAACCCUGGCACUGACAUAAGCACCGGUAUAUUUAGGUUUAAAGUGAGGUCACAUGCGUAUCUUUUGCUGGUCCGGUGCAACAAUGUCCUGAAAAGAUGGUUACUGGGUUGAGUACAUUAUAAAACCAUGCAUCUUGUGGAUGGGUUUCCUAGACCACUCUGGGGACGUGCCAUCUCUUAAGAAGAUGGUCUGAACUCAGAACAGCUCCUCUACGAAGCUCACAGGCAACACACAUGCCCAAUGCUAUUAUAGAAGACUGAGAAAGCCGACCAGUUGCCAAGUUUCAGACCAGUUCAAAAAUAUUUGCAAAAUGUACUUGCAGUAAUCACUCCUGCCUUUGGUUGUCCAGUGGUACAAUAAAGAAGCAGCUAGCCAUCUACACAGGGGACAUUUAUGGUUUUGCAGAAUAUUUGUUCCCCCUCCCUGGAUCAUCGUAGUAAUAGAAAUCAGGGUCAGUGGAUGCGAAGCACAGUCAGAAAGCGAAGCCCUACUUCAGGUUGUGCAGCUGGGAGCCAAAAACGCAAACACCUUUAGAAGGGAUUAAGUCCUAUAUGGAGGAAAAGCCUACCAGUGGCGACUAGGCACAAUGGCUGCAUGCCACCUCCAGGGUCCAAGGGACCACAUGGAUGCCUCUGAACAUCGGUCCCUGCUGGGAAAACUGCAGCAGGAGGCGGCUUUGGUUGUCACCUGGGCUUUCCAGAAGUACCCAACCAGCUUCUAUGGCAAACAGGAUGCUGGAUUAGACCUGCAAUGGGAAUUCUUCUGGAGACCAUUAGGUAUGUGGGUCCAGGCUGAUGGAAGCUGGGAGAUCAACAUCUGGGACACCAGAGAGUUCCCACCCGUGGAUUGGAUGGGCUUUGUGUCUGAUCUCACAGGGUUUCUCUUCUGGGUCUAGAGCAGCCUUUCCUAACCUGGUGGCUUUGUAGUUUCAGACUACAACUCCUCAGCCCUAAGCCAGAUUGGGCAAUGGUCAGGGAUGAUGGGGGUUGUAGUCCAGCAACAUCUGGGGGGCUGUGGACUCGGGCUGUGCUGCUUUGCCCACAUACCUGGGAGGAAGCCCCACUGAAGCUCAUGGGAUGUACUUCUGAGCAGACACAUCAGGCUCAGAAA